UUUUUCAACUAAAAGCACAAUUCAAAAGUGACAAAAGUUUGUGCGCAAGACUGAGCUAGCAAAUGGGUGCUUCAGCUUCUCUGUUGCUAGCAUUUCUAAUGUCACUUCUACUUGCUAUGAGCUGCCUCUUGUCCCUUCCUCAGUUUGCCAAUGCAGGCAUUACUAGGCAUUACAAGUUUGAUAUAGUAAUGGCCAAUUACACAAGACUCUGUUACACUAAGAGUAUGGUGACAGUGAACGGUCAGUUUCCAGGACCUCCCCUGAUUGCCAGAGAAGGUGAUCGUGUUCUAGUGAAGGUGGUCAAUCAUGUCUCCAACAAUAUCACCAUCCAUUGGCAUGGAGUUAGACAACUACAGAGUGGAUGGGCAGAUGGACCAGCAUAUAUCGCUCAAUGCCCUAUUCAAACAAAUAACACUUAUGUUUACAACUUCACCAUCACAGGACAAAGAGGAACUCUCUUAUGGCAUGCUCACUACUCUGCACUUAGAGCUACUGUCUACGGACCCAUUAUCAUUCUCCCUCAGCUCAAUGCUUCUUAUCCAUUUCCCAAACCAUACAAGGAAGUCACCAUCUUAUUUGGAGAAUGGCAAAAUUCUGAUCCCGAGGAAAUCAUUAACCAGGCUUUACAGACUGGAGGUCCCCCAAAUGUCUCUAAUGCCUUCACCAUUAAUGGACUUCCAGGUCCAUUAUAUAAUUGCUCAGCAAAAGAUACAUACAGGCUAAGGGUGAAGCCAGGAAAGAUAUAUUUACUCAGAAUUAUUAGCGCUACAAUCGAUCACGACCUCUUUUUCACCAUAGCAAAUCACAGUGUCACUGUAGUUGAAGCUGAUGCAGGUUAUAUUAAGCCUUUUAAAACUGAUCUUUUGCUCAUUUCUCCAGGACAAACUACAAACGUGCUCCUUGAAACAAAACCUAUAGCCCCUAAUGCAAAAUUCUUGAUGUUAGCUAGACCAUAUUCAACUUCUCAAGGUGCAAUUGAUAAUACAACUGUUGCUGGAAUUCUCGAGUAUGAAACUUCAUUAAAUUCUUCAUCCAAAUGUGAAAGACCUAUAUUCAUUAAACCAUCACUUCCUCCUAUCAAUUCAACAGCUAUUGCAGCGAAUUACACAAGAAGAUUUCGCAGACUGGUUAAUGAUCAAUUCCCCAUUAAUGUUCCUCAAAAAGUAGACAAGAAAUUUUUCUUCACAGUAGGUCUAGGAGCCAAUCCAUGCCCAGAAAAUCAGACAUGUCAAGGACCUAAUGGCACAAAAUUUUCAGCUUCUGUCAACAAUAAUUCCUUUGUUUUACCUUCAACAGCAAUUCUUCAAGCCUAUUAUUUUAGAAAAUCAAAUGGGGUCUAUACAACUGAUUUUCCUGGAGUUCCUCCUGAACCAUUUAACUACACUGGUCCACCACCAAAUAAUACUUUUGUUUCAAAUGGAACUAAAGUUAUGGUGCUACCAUUUAAUGCUAGUGUCGAGGUAGUCUUGCAGGGUACAAGCAUUUUGGGUAUUGAAAGCCACCCUUUUCAUCUUCAUGGCUUCAAUUUCUUUGUUGUUGGCCAGGGAUUUGGAAACUUUGAUCCUAAUAAGGACCCUAAAAAUUAUAAUCUAGUUGAUCCUGUUGAAUUGAACACUGUUGCUGUGCCUUCUGGUGGGUGGGUAGCAAUACGGUUUUCCACAGAUAAUCCAGGAGUAUGGUUUAUGCACUGCCACUUUGAUGUUCAUCUAAGCUGGGGCUUGGAUAUGACAUGGCUUGUCCUUGAUGGAAAGCUUCCUAAUGAGAAGCUACCUCCUCCGCCAUCUGAUCUUCCCAAAUGUUGAUCAUCAAUAAUGCCAUGUACGCUGCUUAAUUAAGUUUCAAUUAUUGUCUUAAUUGGAUUUUGCCUUUGGGAGAAUUCUUCCUAACUUGCCCAAGGACCCCAACUGUUUGUUACUUUCUUUGGUGUAUUUUUGCUCACAUUUCUUUGUCUACAAUUUUACUGUAUUAGACCUUAGAAGAAUGCCGUGUUUAAUGAUUAGGUGGUCUUUUCUCAUGCAUGAAAUGAUCAGCUGUUGAAUUGAAAUCCUUCAUGUAACUUCAACAGUUGAUGAUUUAGUGUGCAUUUUUUCAAAUUUAUGAAUUUUACUUUUUACUCUU